AAAAUCAAAUCAAAAGAGAGAACCCGGGAUAAAUAAUUUUGAGGGGAAAGGAAGACAGACGCCAGCUUCCUUCCACUUCCUCCUCUGCUGGUCGUCGCCCACCACCUCCGGAGUCCGGAGGUGGUCCUCACCUCCUCCCUAGUCCCCUGCCGUGCUCUGCGCUGCCGCCCCUGCGGACGCCGCGAGCCGUCCGUGCCCCACCUGGUUGUCCUUGAUUUGCCCUUGAGGGUCUUCUGAGAAGUGAAUUCUCUUCAAGGUGUGUGGAUUUAGGAGACAUUGCGAGGCAAGCCCUCGACACCUUUAGGGUGCAGGACUUUACAACCUUCUGGAUACGGACCCUUAGAGCUCUUUGAGGCACAUAUCACGUCCCAGGUCCUCAGUGAGGUUCAGUUUGAGUCGUAGCCGAUACUUCUGUAAAUGAGUUACUACAAGGCAAACCACAGAUAGCUAUGCCUGUCUUCUGAAAGUUUAACAGGCCAAACAUAGUUUGGGGAACUAGUUUAUUGACAGAAGUGUAUCACUGAUCAACAAUACUUGGCCCAGUACUCCUUUCCAAAUCAGUAUGAUUACCCUUACCUACAGUUGGGCUAGCAUAGAACGUCAGUCAUGAUGUCGGGCUCAAAGAAGGAAAGGAAUCUCAGCACGUGUUUCCAAUUAAGCCAGAAAUCUUCCGUUCAUUUUUGUUUGUUUUCGAAAGUUCGAUCUGCCAGCCCACCACCUGGAAAUGCACCAGUUUAUCUAAAUGUGUAUGAUUUGACACCAGUAAAUUUCUAUGUUUACUGGGCUGGUCUAGGGAUAUUUCAUUCUGGCAUUGAAGUUCAUGGCGUGGAGUAUGCAUUUGGAGCACAUGACUAUUCGAUUAGUGGAGUUUUUGAGGUGGAACCUCGGCAGUGUCCUGGUUUCAGAUUUAGGAAAUCAAUAUACAUGGGAACUACCUGCCUGGAUCCUCUCCAAGUCAGAGAGUUCAUGGAGAUUCAGUCAGUAAAUUACAAUGGGGAUACCUAUCAUUUGAUAAGUAAAAACUGCAACCAUUUCUGUGAGGAUAUCUGCAAAAGGUUGACAGGAAAUUUAAUUCCAAAAUGGGUUAAUCGGCUUGCCAGAAUGGGUGCUGUUUGCAACUGCAUUCUACCAGAGUCCCUCAAGAUUGACGCAGUCCGUCAUGACCCAGAUGGCCAAGCUGAAGAUAGUGAGAAAAGAAGGCUGACAGGUGCCUUCAGUUGCUUCUCUUCAAUCUCUCUGUGCCAAAGACAUUUCUCAACGUCUUCGCUCUUCCUACGAUCGCCUGCGAAAGGAACUUCUUGGGAUACAAAACAGUCGAGUUCUGCCCAAUUGAAAACGAGCUGAGAAUUGAGGUACCCUGUACAUUGCUUUCCCUCAUUGAAGCACCAAGAUUUUUACCAGCAAUCUCUUCUACAACAGUCAUCAUAGAAGGAUACAAAGGUAUUUACAAGGUGUCGUGCAUGUCUGAGCAUUGGCUCCAGCUGUGUUUUGAAAUCUGUACAGAGUGUGUAGAAGUUAUUCCUAAACUUGAGUUCCCAAUACAAUGAGCUCUAAGUCCUAAAAUAUUUCAGUGAUAUUCUGAUAUUCUGCUCGUUGCAGCUAGCAAACUGUCCCUUCUUUUUAAUGUCUGCUCUGUUGAAAGGGUGUUCUACUUAUAGUGACAUUGGAGUGAUGGUA